AUGGCGUUGGGAGACGGCGCUCGCUCGCGACUGCUGGCGCCGCUUAACUCCCGCGUCAUCGCGACGACAGCGGCGGCGGGCUGCGACGAUGAUUAUGACUUCGCGGCGAUGCCGCAGCGCAGGGCAGGCUCGUUCCGCGAGUCGCGACGUCGGCCGAUUGAGAUCGUCGCCGAUAUUGUCUGCGUUGCCGGCAGCCAGAAGAAAAAGAGCAGCUCUUUCCAAGAGCGCAGCACGCGCCGCUGCAGCCGCAGAGACGGUAACAUCGGCGAACCGCUCAAGCGCGGCGUUCGAUCCAACGCUGGCGAGCACCGCGCGGCGGCGCUGCACCACAGCCGGUCGUCGUCGUCGAUGAUACGGUCGGCGAACUUCCCAGCCGACGACUCGCGCCACGCGCGCUCGCAGUCGGUGCGAGUGCCGCGCCGGAAGCUACGCGAGCAGGUUGGCACGCCGGAGCAGCAGAACAUCCGGCCGCGUACGGCCAGCUGUCCGAGCAAGGCUCGUCGCUCGACCGGUCAACCGAAAUUCGAGCUUGGUCACGAGGACUCCUCCGCCGUGCGCAUGCGCUGCUUCACGACCGCCAAGCGGGGCGAGGUGAUGAACCGAGGCGACUCGUUCCGCGCCCGCUCCUCCGCCGCUAGCUCCUCUGCCGGCGACCUCCCCGAGCAACAGCAGCAGCAGCAGCAACAGCAACAGCAGCAGCAGAGAGAGCGGGUAUCGUCAAGGGCGUCGACCCCGGACACGGACACGACGGAUCCGGACAAUGGCGGCGCGCACGACAUCUACAUCAUGGGAGCGACGGGCGUCGGCAAGACAGCGCUCAUCAACCAGUUCAUGACGUCAGAAUACAUGAGCGCGUACGAGUCGUUUUCCGUCGACGAAUCUGCCGAUACGAAGGCGGUCACCGUCAUGCUGGACGGCGAAGAAGCUGAGUUAAUCUUUCACGAGCUCAACACCACCGACUUUGAAAAGAGUGCGGACACGCUAAAAGACACGGCAGACGCUUACGUCAUCGCUUACUCGAUCACUGAUAGGCGGACGUUCGAACGCGCCGUGGACGCCCUCUAUUGUCUUCACCAGCACAACGAGGGCAUUUACAAGGCAGUGAUUAUGGUGGGGAAUAAGAGUGACCUAGCACGCAGCAGGACAGUCGCCGACGAAGCGGCGAUGUCGGUGGCGCUACAGUACGGCUGCAAGCUGACCGAGGCGUCGGCGGGAAUCAACCACAACGUCGACGAGCUACUCGUCGGCAUUAUCAAACAGAUUCGGCUCAAGAAACGCAAACUGCUCGCCGACCACAGCGCAGCGAGCAAGACCUCCAAGGAGAAACCUACCUGUGUGCCAGGCCCGCGCUCGCUGCUAGAGAGGCUGUUCCAUAAGAAGCACAAGUACAUAUCAAAGUCGUGCACGAAUCUGCAUGUGCUGUGAACAUACAACGAAGCCGCCGCGGUCCGACGGAGGAGAGAGGGAGAUGGA